CAAACACAUAACUGAAAUAUGGACCUCAAACCCAAUUUCAGGCCAAGCUUCUUCUUCUCCUUUCUGAUUUUCUUCUUUUUUCUCCAAAAACCCGACUUGGGAUCAGCAUCUAAUCCGAAAUGUAUAUCCACAGAGCGCCAAGCUCUUCUCACCUUCAAGCAAUCGCUUACUGAUCCUUCUGGUCUACUCUCUUCUUGGUCUGGACUUGACUGCUGCAAAUGGCGCGGUGUUCGCUGCGACCGCAGAACCAGCCACGUCAUCAAGAUUGAUCUCAGAAACCCGAACCAAACCCUUAGACCGUAUGACUAUUACGGUGAGUUUAAAAAGGGUGGAUUGGGAGGCAAGAUAGAUCCUUCUUUGACUCGUCUCAAGUACUUGAGCUAUCUGGACUUGAGUUCAAAUGAUUUCAACUUCCUGGCGAUUCCCGAGUUCAUCGGCCGCAUCGUUAGUCUAAGGUACCUAAAUCUUUCUUUCACAUCGCUUUCCGGUGAAGUUCCUCCGAGUUUUGGAAAUUUGUCGAAGCUCGAGUCUCUUGAUCUGUACGCUCAGACGUUUAGUGACGAUGGUCUAACUGCGUAUACUUUGCACGCAAGCAACCUUGGGUGGCUUUCGGGUCUGUCUUCCUCACUGACUUACCUCAACUUGGGAUUUGUGAAUCUGAGCGGUGCCAGUGAUACCUGGGUAGAGGAUUUCAGUAGGCUCUCGAAGCUGAAGGAGUUACAUUUGUACAACUCUGAGCUCAAUAAACUACAUCUCUCUUUCUCUUUGUCUUCAUCUGCGAAUUUGAAGCUCCUUGAAGUUCUUGACUUGUCUCGAAACUCUUUCAAUUCGCCGAUACCCAACUGGCUAUUUGAUCUCACCAACCUUAGGAAGCUAUAUAUCCAACAGGUUCUUCUCUACAGCUCGAUUCCUUCCGGAUUCAAGAAGCUGAAGCUUCUAGAGACACUAGAUCUGUCGGACAAUACACUCGGACUAGAAAUUCCAGCGGUUCUUGGAUAUCUUCCUCGAUUGAAGUAUCUUGACCUUUCUGUAAACUCUUUCCGAAGUCAAAUCCACAGUUUUCUUGACGCCUUGUCCAAAAACAAAGAAAAUAGCUUGGUCUCUCUCGAUCUUAGUUCCAACAGUAUGUAUGGGACAUUGCCUGAGUCGCUUGGAGCGUUGAGGAAUCUGCAGAUUCUUGAUCUUUCAGACAAUUCCUUCACGGGUCCGAUCCCUUCCUCAGUCGGAAACAUGGCGUCACUGAAGGAACUUGUUCUAUACACAAACAUGUUUUCUGGUGCCAUUCCUCAGAGCUUGGGAGAUAUAUCUACACUGAAUAAACUUAUUCUUUCGUUCAAUAAACUGGAGGGGAGAAUACCUAAGCGGCUGAAGUUUAAAGAUCCGUCCAUUUACGCUGGAAAUGAUCUACUCUGUGGGAAACCACUUCCUAAAAAGUGUCCAAGGAAGCAGUAGAAUGUUAUAGUUAAUUAAUUUCCUAAGAAAAUGUACCUGUUUACUUUCCAAAUAUUAAUAAUAAAGUGAUCAGCUCAACGCUGACGAUGUUGUACC